GCGAAGGCGAGGGCGGCGAGGGCGGCGAAGGCGAAGACUGGAGGGACGUGACCAUGCCCUACUCCACUGAGCUCAUCUUCUACAUUGAGAUGGACCCCCCAGCUCUUCCACCAAAGCCGCCCAAAUCCUUGACUCAAGCCGGUGCCAAUGGGAUGAAGGACAGUUCGGGCUUUUCCCUUCCUGACGCAGAGUGGUACUGGGGAGACAUCUCAAGGGAAGAGGUCAAUGACAAACUGCGAGACAUGCCCGACGGAACCUUCCUGGUCCGAGAUGCCUCCACCAAGGUGCAGGGGGAUUACACGCUGACUCUGCGGAAGGGAGGCAACAACAAAUUGAUUAAGAUUUACCAUCGAGACGGCAAAUAUGGCUUCUCCGACCCACUGACAUUCAGCUCCGUGGUGGAGCUGAUCAAUCACUACCGUCACGAGUCUCUGGCCCAGUACAACCCCAAGCUCGAUGUGAAGCUGAUGUACCCCAUCUCCAGGUACCAGCAGGAUCAGCUGGUGAAAGAAGACAACAUCGACGCUGUGGGCACCAAGUUGCAGGAAUACCACUCCCAGUACCAAGAGAAGAGCAAAGAGUAUGACCGGCUGUAUGAGGAGUAUACCAGGACCUCGCAGGAAAUUCAGAUGAAGAGGACAGCGAUCGAAGCUUUUAAUGAAACAAUUAAAAUCUUUGAGGAGCAGUGCCAGACCCAGGAGCGGCAGAGCAAAGACUACAUGGAGCGGUUUCGGAGGGAGGGAAAUGAAAAGGAGAUUGAACGGAUAAUGAUGAAUUAUGAGAAAUUGAAAUCGCGUCUGGGCGAAAUCCAUGAUAGCAAAAUGCGCUUGGAGCAGGAUCUGAAGAAGCAAGCCUUGGAUAACCGGGAAACUGACAAGAAGAUGAACAGCAUCAAACCUGACCUGAUUCAGCUGCGCAAGAUCCGAGACCAGUACCUGGUAUGGCUCAGUCACAAAGGGGUGAGACAGAAGCGACUCAAUGACUGGCUGGGAAUCAAAAAUGACCACAUUGAUGAGACCUAUUUUAUGAAUGAGGAAGACGAAAAUCUGCCACAUUACGAUGAGAAAACAUGGUUUGUCGGGGAUCUCAAUCGACUGCAAGCGGAGGACCUGCUCCACGGGAAGCCAGACGGAGCCUUUUUAAUUCGUGAGAGCAGCAAGAAAGGCUGCUACGCCUGCUCCGUGGUGGCGGACGGGGAUGUCAAGCACUGCGUUAUCUACAGCACAGCCCGCGGCUACGGCUUCGCAGAGCCCUACAACCUGUACGGCAGCCUCAAAGAGCUGGUCCUGCACUACCAGCACACGUCCCUGGUCCAGCACAACGACUCGCUCAACGUCCGGCUGGCCCACCCGGUCUACGCACAGCUGCCCUCCCACUGCAGAUAGACGCGGGCCAGGGAGCGUGGCCAGGGCCGCGGCCGAGGGAGCCGGGGGCUUUUCUACGGUUUUUAUCAGCAGGACGACUAUGACAACGAUGAUGAGGAGGGUGACAAGGGCAUUCUUUCUACUUAGACUGCUUGUUUUGCACAAGAAGUGAUUCUGUGAAUGUGAAGCAGACGGGCCUGGGGGCCAGCCGGCCGGGGGUCAGGGACACCUCCCGCCAGGACACCCGACACCGGCCUGCCUGUGUGCUCCAAGCUCUGGGUGGGGGGGCGGGGGGCUGGGUGGCUGUUCUUGUUGCUAACACUGACGAGCGCUUUCCCUAAGGGGAAUAAACUGAGCUCGAAACUGGAGGCAGGCAGACACCAUCAGAUGGAGAACUAGGGUUUUGUGGGUGUGUGGGCGUGCGUGGGUGUGUGCACGUGUCCGAGUCUCCUUGGUUUUUUACUUUCAGCCGGGCACCUUGGUAGAGCCGUGUUCAGUUUGGGGUGGGCUGGCGGCUGACCAGCACAAAGCCUCUGCCCAGGCAGGAGAGAGGGUUUUGUCUUCUCCUUCCACCUUAGAGCCUGGGGGAGGCAGGGUUGAUGCUGCCCCCGCGGGUGGGGGCUCUUGGCCAGCAAACCGCUGCUGCUGCUGCUGCUGCCGGCAGAAGGAAUUGGGGGACUGAGCUGACCAAAGGAAAAUGGGGAACCUUUUGUUCCUUUUUCAAAUAUCAGAAACCCUAUGAAGGAAUCCUCCAAGCACAUUGCUUUCUUUUGUACCGAGGGUAAGGCAAGCCCCAGCAGCAGCAGCAGCACACACAGGCCCUCCCUCCAGGAAACUUCCUCGCUAGGGCAGAACGGAGCCGCUCACAGAGGCCCUCCGGGCACCAGCCUGGGCAAGUGUUCCUUUCCACACCAAAACUUGAAAGAAAGAAAAGGAAAUGGGAAAGUCUGUGUGGGUAUUUGGGCUUGGCACCGAGCUCCUGGACCUGCCGAGGGCCCAGGGAGCUUCGGGCUUCCCCGGGGAACCCCAAGCUCCUCCUGGGGCCUUGGCAUGUGAAGAAUUCCCCAUCUGAAAUCCCUGUAACUCUUAUAUGUAUAAAGACAGUGCAAUGUUGUGCUUCCUGGGGGCUGGAAUAGACCAGACACCUACAGAGCCACCCGCCUGGGCCGACAGUAUGCCAUCUCCUCAGAACCUCCGCAAUGCCACCCCGGUGGAAGCGGCAGCACCCAGUGAAAACUCAGCCCUUCCAGACGGAGAUCCCAGGCCUGGGAACAGACACCCCAGACCCAGCCUGUUUGGCAGUCUCUCUCCUUGGAAGACAUGGCCACUGGGAAAGAAUGGAGGGUCUGUCUGGUUUGCUCAUCACCUCCUUUCCCUCCCUAUCAUCUCACGGGCCAGCCGAGUGCUGGAGGGAGCCUCUGGUUGUCUUUGGCUUGGUCCUCGGCCCAAAGACCAUCUGGGACAUUAGGGAAUCUUUGGUGACGAAGCCCUGCUGGGGGGCCCAGCAAAGCCUCUGCUUGCCCCUGCCGGCCUCCCUUCCUCUAAUCCCCUCGCCAUACUCAGUUUACCUGGUUGGGAUCCCCUGGCCCCCAGCUCUUGCUCCUCAUCCCUUGGUACAGCCAAGCAGGGCAGAGCUUCCCCUGAGGAGGGCCUUCCCAGGCCUUGGCAUCGGAACACGCUCAGCAGGCCCUGCAGAGGCCGCAUCUGAGGAGUUUGGAGGGAGGCCUUAGCCCCGGCUUCUUGGCUGGCAGUGCCCAUCUGUGUUUCACAACCUUCAUCCUUUGAAGGAAACACUUGGCGAGCUGGAAAGCAUUCAGGAGCACGAUUUUUAAUCUUAUUUCUAAUUUCUGUGGUUGGGACCCCAUGCAAAAAAACAAACAAACAAACUAACUUGGUUUCUCACAGCCCUCCUUUACAUAAGAUUUCGGCUCAUAGGCUGGGGGCAAGGGAGAUCACUCCCGUGUCAUUCUUACCUGUUUUCCCAGGUCUGGCAAUGGAAGGGGACACAGACAGCCACCUUUAGGACCAGCCCAGAAGCCCCAGACAGUAGCGAUUUGAUGUCCUGGCCAAGUAAGGGACCUUUUGCCAAACCUAGUUCAUGGCUUCUAGGGUGUGGAUGCUGCAGGAGGCACUGAUGUGGGGGGGGGGGGUGGAUGGGUGCCACAGAAGAACACUGUUUUGGGGGAGCAGGAAGGAGUGUUCAAUCUUCUGUGCGCUUUAUCUGUGCUUUUCUCGUGACUGUACCUAACUCAGCCAAGACCAGUGGCCCAUGUUACAGACAAGGAAGCCUUUUAAAGGUAUAGAUGGCAGUUUGUGAUGUCAGUAGGGCUGAGAGGAGGAAGGGCCAGGAGUGUAGGGAGCACAGCUUGGAAGUAUUUUAGUCUAUGUUGUUAGAACCCUCUCUGGGGGAACUCACAGGAGACAGAUCCUCCUCCCAGCGGCCCCCUGAGCUUCCAGGCCCAGGCUCCGUGUGCAUCCCCAGUCAGCAAGACCAUGAAGGGGCCACCAGAAGGCUCCUUGGCGAAGGGCCCUCACCUGCCUGCUGCCUGGCAUCCUGCAUCUGUGUCUUCAGGGAGCAAGUGUGAGAUGGGGAGACUGGCCCAGACAAGCACCAAGCUUGUGCCCUCUUAGAAAGCCCCUAAGAAAGAAGAGCCGUGGGCCUAGUCUGGGCCCUGACUGCACUCGGCUAAAGGGUCUCCUUGUGCACUGGCUCCUGGUGAACAUCUGGAGGGCUCCCCGGCAGCAGAGGUGGAGGGAGAUUGGAGGCACGGCUUUCCCAGCGAGAGCUGGCUGCCGCCUGUCGUCUUGGGCCGCUGAGCGGGGAGACAACGGCGGAAGUCACUCCAGCGGUAGCAAGGGCCAUGUCGGUGGUGAAGUCCAUCUUUGGGAUGGGCAGGGCCAGCAUCCGUCGGGGGGCUCAGCCUGGCUUUGCUCAACGCAGGCAAUGCAUCAGUCCCCAGUUUGCCUCUGGGAUGAAAGGUGCAGGUCAGCAGGAACUGGCCAGAAAGGAAGCCGCCUUGACCUUGCUGCUGUUCUCGACCGGGAGCUUGGCUCCUUGCUGCUAACCCUGUGGGGCCAAGGCAUGUUGGGCCGGCGCUUGGAGCUGCCUGGUGAGGGAGAGGAGAGAGGUCCUUGGGACAUCGGUGGGAAGGCCAGGCUGCGGGAAGUGGAAUGACCUUGUGGGCGUCUGGCUCAAGCUCUCCAGGCUGCUGGGGACGGCCUGGAUGAGGCUGAAGCGAUCUCCAGCUUGUCCUGGUGACCAUGGCGGGUCCACCCAACAGCAGCAGCCACCCAGAAGGGGCCGGGGGAGCUGAGGACAUGUGGAUGUGCCCAGAUCAGUGCCAUCCAAGCAAGGGCAGCAUUGACUGGGCCCCAGAGGCCCAGGGGAAGGGCAGGGACCCUGGUGAUGAGCCCAGGCAGGGUCAGGGCAGCUGUAUAUCCUGUCCCUCCCCCACUUUGGCCUCUGGUGGUUAGGCCAGGACCAGCCCACUGCUAGGCUCAGUCUCUCUACCACAGCACUGGCUCCUUUCCCCACCAGAAGAGCCCACCCCAGCCUGUCUCCAUGGGUCGGUUGUGCACAGAUGGAACUGGGCUGUCCCGGCCCCCAGGAGGGAGAGGAGGAGGCAGGAGGGGGGAGGGGCUUUCUUCCCUCUCAUCCUCCCGCCCUCCCCCCUCCCUUCCUCGCUCCCCACUAGAACCUUCGUUUGCCUGGGUGAAUUCCAGCAUGUGACUCCAGUGCCCUGUCUCCCUGUUGUUACUUGUGUAAAACCUCUUCUGUCUUCUUUGAUGUAGUCAAGAGAAAUUCAUGUAGUUAAUGUGAAAAGGAAAAAGCCCAACUGCUUCACAAGGAAACCAGUCAGUCAUAUGUUAGUGUGCGUGGACAACUCCUGCUGUGCGUACGUAGCUGCUAGACCGGUCGUUACAGUUGUAUUUGUUCCCACGUGUGCGUGUUCGCGACGGCCAGGGGAGGUGCCCUUUGGCCUUUGGGCCAAUUUGCUCCAGGUUAAAAUGCAAUAAACAGUUGCAAUAAAGCA